UAUGCCCCACUCUGUCUUCCUGCCCUUUGGAUUAUCGCUUGUUAAAAGGAUUAUUCUCUUGGUCUUGCCUGCGUUUCACCUGUUGCUCCUGUUUGACCCUGCCUGCUCGACUAUGUAUCUGUCUCGUCCAUUGAAUAAAGGCUCGCACAUGGAUCUGCUCGCCUCUCGUCUCUCAUUGCCCGUUACAGAACAAUCUGUCACUACAGGAUCCAGCAGCUUCACCCUCGGACAUUCCUCUGAUAUGGACACGGACAGAAUUCUAUGCAGAAUCAAACAGCGAUCACACACACUCGAACAGUAUACCCCCCCUCCAUGCACGACUGAGACGCGAGGGCCCGCGCUCGUCACUGGAGGCUUUUUUGAACUUUGCACUGUUGUGUGUGGGUUCGCCGUGCACCGUGGGGGUCGCGCAGAGGGCGCUCGAGCAAUGGCGGUGACAGCGGUGCCCGUUCACAAAAUGGCGGCGACUGAGGUGCCCGUUCACAAGAUGGUGGCAGCGCCGGCGCGCGCUCACAAGAUGGUGGCGACGGCGGAGUCCGUUCACAAGAUGCCGGCGAGAACAGAGCUCCGUCACGUCACAGCCGCCAUACCAGAGCCAAGUCAAGUCAAGUUGCAGCUGCAUUUCCCGAGUCAAGUCAAGUUUCCAAGUCAAGUCAAGUUGCAGCUGCAUUUCCCGAGUUAAGUCAAGUCAGAUUGCAACUGUUUCCUGUGUCAAGUCAAGCUGGAGCUAUGUUUCCGGCGUCAAGUCAAGUCAGAACCGCUCUUAAGGCAAGUCAAGCUAAAACUGUGUUUUCUGUUUCAAAUCAAGCCAGAACUGUUGUUCCUGUGUCAAGUCAAAUUACAGCUGUCGCUUCUGUCUCAAGUCAAGCUACAGCCACCUUUCCUGAGCCACUGCACAAGAUGGCUGCCACGCCAGAGCCACUGCACAAGAUGGCUGCCACGCCAGAGCCAUUGCACAAGAUGGCUGCCACACCAGAGCCACUGCACAAGAUGGCCACCGUCUCCAAGCCACUCCACAAGAUGGCUGCCGUCUCCAAGCCACUCCACAAUAUGGCUGCCAUUCCAGAACCUGUGGUCAGCACCCGGACGCCACCUGUGGUCAUGAUGGCCCACGUGCUGGACACACCCCUAAUGACAGUAUAGGCAGCCAAAGUGGCGCUCCUUCAUGUCGCGGCGGCUACCCCUGAGUCAAGUCAAGGCACAGAGUCAAGUCAAGACACAGCUGCCGUUCCCCACGAGUCAAGCCAGGUCACAGCUGUUCCCCACGAGUCAAGCCAAGUCACAGUUGUUCCCCACGAGUCAAGUCACGCUACAGCUGUUGUUCCUGAGCCAAGCCAUGUUGUUCACGAGUCAAGUCCCGGUACAGCGGAUCUCCAUGAGCCAAGCCAGGUUAUAGCAGAUCCUCAUGAGCCAAGUCAAACUGCUGCUGUUAUUCCAGAGCCAAGUCGAGCUUCAGCCGCUGCUCCAGAGUCAAGUCAGGCUACAGCUGUAGCUUCCGAGUCCAGUCAAGCUUCCGAGUCCAGUCAAGCUUCCGAGUCCAGCAACGUCAAGGCGGUCGUUCCUGCGUCAAGCAACGUCAAGGCUGUCGUUCCUGCGUCAAGCAACGUCAAGGCUGUCGUUCCUGCGUCAAGCAACGUCAAGGCUGUCGUUCCUGAGCCAAGUAAAGUCAUUGUUAACCUUCACAAGCCAAGUGAAGUCAGGGCCGCUCCUCCUGAGUCGAGCAAGGUCACAGCCGUGGUUCCUGAGUCAAGCAAAGUCACAGUCGUGGUUCCUGAGUCAAGUAAAGUCAUUGAUCUUCACAAGCCAGUUCAAGUCACCGCUGGUCUUCACAUGUCAAAUCAAGUCACUGCUGAUCUCCAUGAGCCAAGUCCAGUCACCGCUGAUCUCCAAGAGUCAAGUCAGUUCACUACUGAUCUUCACGAAUCUGGUCAAGUCACAGCGGCACUUAUUGAGCCAAGUCAAGGUAUUGCUGUUCUUUCAGAGUCAAGUCACGUCCUGCCCGACGGCCCAGAGCCUCCCCAUGUUUCAUCAGACCUCCCAGUGCCUCGUCAUGUCUCGUCUAUUUGUCCAGAGCCAAGUUACGUCUUGUCUGACCUUCCAGAGCCGUGCCAUGCCUCGUCUGACAUCCCAAAAUCACGGCCUAUCAGGAUGGCCAGCGUGCUGGACCCACCACUAGCAUCAGUGAGGGCAGCGAACAUCCCAAUGGCAUUAAUACCUUCUAGA